UUGUAAAAACCAAGAAACAAUAAAUUUUUCUAUAAUCUAGUAAGAAAUUUUUAGUGGAAUAAAAAUGAAAAGUUACUAGCUUGAAAAAUUACCAUAAUCUAAAGGUUCUAAAAUCUUGCUACUUUUUAUGGUCACGUUUGAGAGUUUAGCGGAUAAAAUAAGGUUUAUAGAAAAAUCAAACCGGUAUUUUCUGUUGAAUAAGUUUAGCCACAUUCAAAGGCAAAUACCUAAAUGGCAGGACGCAAGAGGCCAGGGCUCAAAAUUGUUAUGCAGGAGGAGCCAGUACCAGUAGUUCCUCCUGGCAAUUUGGAUUCCCAGACAACCAUAACAAUAGCUGAUAAAACCUUCGAAGUAAACGCUGAUGAUUUAGAGAAGAUUUGUGACUUAGGGCGAGGAGCGUACGGAGUUGUGGAGAAAAUGAAACAUAUUCCGAGUGGAACAGUAAUGGCAGUGAAACGUAUAACAGCUACAGUAAACUCAAAGGAAGAAAAACGUUUGUUAAUGGACCUUGAUAUAUCUAUGAGGAGCAGUGACUGUCCUUAUACCGUUCAAUUUUAUGGUGCCUUGUUUCGGGAAGGUGAUGUCUGGAUUUGUAUGGAAGUGAUGGAUACCAGUUUAGAUAAGUUUUAUGCUAAAGUAUAUAAGAAUGACCAAAGAAUACCAGAAACGGUUUUAGGAAAAAUUACAUUUGCUGUUGUCAGCGCCCUACAUUAUUUGUAUUCAGAACUAAAGGUUAUCCAUAGAGACGUUAAACCAUCGAAUAUCCUUAUAAAUAGAGAGGGACAAGUUAAAAUGUGUGAUUUUGGUAUUAGUGGAUACUUAGUCAACUCUGUAGCAAAGACUAUUGAUGCUGGAUGUAAACCUUACAUGGCUCCAGAAAGAAUUGAUCCCCAAGGAAAUCCAUCUCAGUACGACAUAAGGUCAGACGUAUGGUCUCUAGGCAUCUCAUUAAUCGAACUAGCCACAGGGGUGUUCCCUUAUCCUAAAUGGGGCACUCCAUUUGAACAACUUAAACAGGUAGUGACCGAUAAUCCACCUAGGUUGCCAUCGGAUGGUCAAUUUUCUCCAGAAUUUGAAGAUUUUAUUUCAAAGUGUCUUCAAAAGAAAUACACCGACAGGUUAAACUAUGCUCAACUUUUACAGCACGAGUUUUUAACAAAACAUCGAGACUUAAAAACGGAUAUUUCCAGUUUUAUUGGAGAGAUUUUAGACUUGCCUGAUGAGAAUCCUUGAGAUUCGUGCUCUAUCUCUUAGUUACAUUGUCUUUUAAUCAUAUUCCUUACAUUACUGCCUCUGUUCUUCAAGUUUUCUUACUUUUAAUUCAAUUUUUGAAAAUUUAUUUGGCACUCUUAAAUUAAUUUUUAAAAUUUGAUUUUUAUCUAGUCAAAAAAUUCUCUUUUUGUAUGUAGGGGAGAAAUAUACAGUUAGUUAAGGCUGUCCUAAAAAUUAUGUGGCACUUCUUAAGCUAUCCUCUCUGUGUAUAUUUCUCUGACAUUUAAAAUGAAUUAUUAUUCUUUUUUAUCCACAAAAGAUGGUCCUCAUGAAACGUAGUACAAAAAUUAGUGCUUCUUAGUGUUCAAAUUACAAGCAGAAGAGCCACAGAACAGGGUAGAAACAACUGACAUUAUAUUUUAAAAUAGGUAACUCGAUUUUUUUUGAGUAUUUAUUAGUUGUAACAACUAUAAACUAAAAAGAAGUUAGAUAUUAAGAGUGAUAGCCUAUUCAUGUAAUUUUGUUAUUUUUUUGUAGUUCCAUAGGCCUAUUAAUGAAAAAAAAACGAACUACUUAAUUCUAAAACCAAGUUCCAAGUCAGCUUUAUUAAAUACAGGGUGUAUAGAAUAAUUUUUUUUUGUUAAGAUUUAAAUCUCUGAAAUAAUACAGGAAAAUAUUUGAAAAUUUAGUAAUGGUUUAUUUCGAAAUUAUUUUGGUACACCCUGUAUACUCAAAAGCAACUUAACAAAAACAUUGUAUGGUGGGAAAAAAACGGUGUCAAAGUACCGUUUUAAAUUGCAAUCAAUGAGUAUUUUAUUUGAGUAAAUCUCUUUAAGUUAUUUAUUAAAAAUCAACUGAACGGUGUUAUAAAGUCGAUGGUCAUUUCAAAGCCUACUUUGACGCCAUUUUUUUCCCCAAUCGUAUAUAAUAUUCAUUAUAAUGAAUUAAAAUAACUAUUUGAUAGUUUUGUUGGCCUAAUAAUGAAGAAAAAAACUAUUUUAGUGUUAGCUAACUCUCACAAAUACAGAGUUUUUUAAUAUUUUUUAUCAACAUUUUGAUAGCUGCCGACAUGAAUCUGCAAAAAUAUGAUCUCUGUAUAUUUGAAAAUUACUGGAUAUUUACUGAGAAAAAUAACUGCUUCAUUUUAACUGAUUUAAAUGUUUACUAAUUACAGAAUACUUCUAUAAUUUUCAUUGAAAACUACUUGAUAUUUUGAAUCAAUUCGUUCAUGUACCGUAUGAUCGAAAAAACGGCGUCAAGUUGCCUUAGAAAUGAAAAACGGUAACACAAACCAAUAUGUAACUUGAGGCAUUAUAUUUCUACGCCUACUAUGACGUCGUUUUGUUUUCGAUCACGCGGUAUAUCGACUAGUGAAAAAUUCUUACAAAAUUAUUAUAGUAAUGCCCCGUGUAUUCUAUGGUAACUGGGUAGUUAUCGAUUACUAAUGUAAAUAAUAGUUAAAAAAUUUGAUGAAUUUAUAAACAUCACAUUAUACCUGUAAGUCCUUGUCUUUUUUAUGUGUAUAUAGUUAUUGGACUGAAAUUAUUUUAUUUUAAUAUCUACAGAGUGUUUUACCUUGACUAGGCAACUAAAUGAAGUUACAUAAGUACCAAAUUUGUUUUAAAUAUGACUAAUUCAAAAAUUAUCAGAUAUUUUUCAGGGUUAUAUUCAUUAGGUUGUCAGUUAUUUACAAAGUUAUCAUUUCUCUCACGACACCCUCUAAAUUUUUAGUUAAUUGUCUAAAAAAUAGUAACAGACCAUUGUAAACCCUUAUAAUAUUCACAGUAAACCUUGCCUGAAAGAGGAUUUAUUUCCCAUUUAAAUUACAUAGGAAUUUGCCACUUUUUACAAAUAAUCUUUUUUCUCUCAAUCUUGUUUUCUCGCAGCCAUGACAAUCACAUAUUCUUGUACAGAAUUGAACGCUCUACAAAGAAGGGCUCUUACAAUUUUUCGAUAAACCAACUCAUUCAAAAGUUAUUCACGGUUAAAUUUAACCACUCGGUAUAUUCCUAAAUUUUUCAACUUUUGGCAAAAUUAUGAUUAUUUUUGGAAAAUUUAACCUAUUUUUUGAAAAAUAAGCAAUUUUCAUGAUACCAUGAUAAACAACUUUGAAUCAUGUAAAACAAUUUUGAAUGCAUGACAGGUAGUUAAUUCCAAUACUUAUUAUUUUUGAGCUUGUAUUCUUUUGCAGUACUUAAUUAAAUAAUUUUAAGUAAGUUCGGUAAAUUUCUGUUAUUUUCCUAACAUUUUUUUUCUGUUAAGUUGACGAUUUGAAUUUAUUUUUACAAACAUUCUUGCCAACAUAAAAAAAAUCAAAAUCCAACUAAAGAAUGUUUAUUAAAAUAAAUCAGCUAUACUUAUAUAUAAAUGGUUUAAAUUUCAUUAGACUUGAAGAUUUCUUAACUCCUAACCUCAACACCAUCAAAAUUGUAUAUUUUUACAGUAAUAGAUUAAAUUAUUCAAAAAUAAUCAUAAUUGUGUCAAAAAAAGUUGAAAAAUUUAGCAAUUUACCGAGAGGUUAACUUUAACCGUGAAUAACUUUUGAAGGGGUAGGUUUAUCGAAAAAUUUUGAGAGACCUUUUUUGUAGAGCGUUCAAUUCUGUACAAGAAUAUUGUCAUGGCUGCGAGAGAACAAGAUUGAGAGAGAAAAAAAUUAUUUGUAAAAAGUUGCAAAUUCCUAUGUAAUUUAAAUGGGAAAUAAAUCUUCUUUGGGGCACUGAAAUGAGGCGACGCAAACGCGGACGAAAGGGGGGGGGGUCUAAGCUGCAACAAGUUUAAUUUUUUUUAUUCCUCAGAUAUAAUAUGUUUGAAGGUUUAACCUACUAAAAAUGUCUUAAGAACUUUUUUUUGUUUUUAUUUGUUUAUUUUCUUUUUGUUUUUUAAGCAGCUAAGCAACAAUAAGCUAGAGAUUUUUUUGCUCCUCAGAUAUAAUAAGUUUGUAAGCAUAACUUAUUAAAAAAGUCAUCAUCGGAACUGUUUCUUUAUUUUUUUUUUCUUCAGAGUAUAAAUAAUAUAACUUAAACAUAUAUUAGGUAUUAGCUAACUAAUCUAAUGAUCGUAAUAUAACAGCUCUAAUUUCAGGUUUUCGUUCGGUUAGUAAGACGGAAUUUGUCACAUCAAGCUCUACGACGCUCGAUGCGACGACAUAUGUAAAUAAGAAACAAACAAGUAAAAAAUAGUUACAAAAUGUAAUUGUAUAAGAAUUAUUCCUUGUAGGUUAAGUUUAUUCGUCUGUCUUUAAGAAUGGCAAAUUUAUCAAUUAUGUCAUCAUAAAACUUCCCUUCGUUCUCACUAAGGGUAACCAACAGCUCCUUUUCAAUUGAAAAUAAAGACAAAGCAGAAAGUCUAUCUUGUAACAUUGUAUUCCUUAAGUAAGAUUUUAUCCGUUUUAGACAAGAAAAUCCCGCUCGACUUGAACACUUGUAAUCGGGAUUGUUAAUUUGUCUUUUUAUCAUUUGUUAUAACACUUAUCUGGGGAGUAGGUCUGUUUUCCUGUAAGACCUCUCGCUUUUCAUCCUCCUGUUUUCUGGAAAACGGGGUUUCUAGAAGGGACAUCACAAUGUCAUGUACGUGAUUCAUUUUAAAGUCUGAUUAUUACAAAAUAAAUCACUAAACUCUGAAUUACGGCUAGAUCACACUACUUGCUACUCACAAAAGCAUAAAACAAACCGACCGAACAGACGUGACGUUUAGUAAUUCCCCGAAAUAUCUAAAGUUAAUUAUUUUGACCAGUAUUGCGUGGAUGCCAAGAGUUCAUAUUAUUCAAAUUUAUUCUAUACUCUCUUCGAUAUACGAUAUUAUUUCCACAAUUAUUGAUGGGGUAUUUCGUGAAGAUCAAUUAAUAGAUUAAUUUUAAUUACAAAGAGCAUUAUAAUAUCGCAUUAUCCAGCCAUAUCAAGCACGAACUAUUUUUGAACUUAACAAUCAAGUUUGUAAGCGUUGCACUUAAGCGAUUUGGCUGUCGCCUCUGCAGCAGCUAAUUUCACGCUUUCCCUCCGCUUCCCCGACCCACUGAUUUCAAUGUGUGACGUUUUAGUUCACUGAUAAAAAAAGGUCGGCAGAGGCGGCAAAAAUUACGCCUCAGGAACGCAGAACGAAAAGAUGCAUUGUAGUCCAGUUAAAACAGAAAUGAUAUGGCGCGAUCGAUUGGUUUAGACCGGUCGAAAAGUAAAAAGCUGGGUAUAUUUUAAUAAAAUUAUUCGAUAUUAAUAUUGCUAUAAUAUAAAUAUACGAUUAGCUGGAAAUAAAUUUGUGUACUACUAAAAGAUAGAAUUUCGAGGUGAGGCGGCGCCUCAGUUGCCUCACCUGACGGGCCGCCGCUGGUUUAUUGUGAAUAUUAAGGGUUUACAAAGGUCUGUUAUUUUUUUUUAGACAAUAAACUAAAAAUUUAGAGGGCGUCAUGAGAGAAAUGAUCAACUUUGAAAUAUAACGGACAUCUUAUUCAUAUAACUUGCCUAAUCGUCUUGUUAAGGUUGGACCGCCCUGUAUAUUUAUUUUUCAACCCCAAACAGUGCUACAAAUAAUCUAGUUCAAAAUAAUUCGACUGAUAAAAGAAUAUAUUACAGAAUAAUCAGUUAUUUUGAUUUCAGUAAUUUUAUAUUUAUUUUAUUUCAACAAAAAAAAAUCUUGGGUGGAUUAAAAAUUAAUUUAUUAAUUUAAUUAUAUACAGUUGGCGAUCGGUAGAAAUAUAGCUUUAAUAUGGCUUUCACUGGAGCUUUUGACAGCUGAUCAUGUCUUAUUUUAAAAUACUAAAAUUACAAUAUAAAAAAUAUAAAAUUCCGAAUCCCAAAUCAGAUCAGCUAUUAAGAACUUCAGCGUUAGGCAUGGUAAAGCUUGAACUAAAAUGUUAUUUAUAUACUCCUACCGUGACGUCGUUUUUUAUUUAGUCACACAAUAUACUAUAUGCGUUUAUUUUAAUAGGAAGUUGUUUUGUUUUUAUAAAUAUUUUUGAUCUACCCGACAAACGACCACGUUCAGUUUUAUGAAUUUUAAAAUAUUUUUAUUACCGUUUAAAAACAAAUAACAAUUUUAACAUAUUUUUCCUUAUGCAUUAUUUUACACAGAAUUUCGAGAUAAGUUAUUACCAUUAAGUAAUGUUUUUUUUAUAUGCAUUAUAGUGUAAUAAUAAAAGGUGUGAUAAUGAAAUUAUACAGUAAAGA